GGAACUGAGAGAAACCUCAGGCACCUGAGCAGCAGGCGUCAGAGGCAGAUACAUCCGGGCCUCUCUUCUCAGACUCUCGUGUUAGCCGUGGCCAUGCACAUGUAUACCAACUCUGGAUGCCAGGACCUACCAGGGACCAGAGAGGAGGAGGAGGAUGGCGAUGAUUACGAGAACAUGGCACCCCCCUACAAGGAUCUCCCUCCCAAGCCAGACUCGAUGGCCCCACCUAGGCCUCCGAGGGCAGGAAAGAAAACAGAGAAGCCCCCACUGCCUUGCAAGUCCCCAAAGAUCAAAGGCCCGGACUUCACCCCUGUCAUCUGCACAUCUCCUCCACUGGGUGUCAUUCCAGAAUGCCCUCCGUUCCAGCCGUCCCUAGCUGGUAAGUCCACAUGCCCCCCAGCCACCCCGGGGUCCCAGCUCAGUCAGAAGUCCAGAUGUCCUGGGUGCUACCAGGAGGAGAGACUGGUGGUGUUCCUGUGCCUGCUGGUGGUGGUGUCACUGCUCCUGAGCUGCACUGGUCUGGCUGUGACCCUUAUCAAGUACCAGGAGGUGGUGGGAGAGCUGAGAAUGUUGACCUUUCAGCAGACGGCAUGGCAAGCAAGUGUGACUGGCACGGCAGGGCUGGCUGGCCUGAAGAAGGAUAUUGACCACAUAAGAACUAACACCAACCAGUCCCUGGUAGAACUUCGAGGCUUAUUAGACUGUACCAGGACCACCUGCCCUGAGGGCUGGCUCCCCUUUGAGGGCAAGUGUUACUACUUCUCCCCAAGGACCAAGUCAUGGGAUGAAGCCCGGAAGUUUUGCCAAGAGAAUAACUCUCACUUGGUCAUCAUCAGUAGCCUCCCCGAACAGAAGUUUGUGGCCAAGGCUCAUGGCUCUCCACGGAUCUACUGGCUGGGGCUGAGUGACAGGGACCGUGAAGGGGACUGGAAGUGGCUGGAUGGGUCACCUGUCACUCUGAGAGAGUUGUCCUCAGCUGAAUGGAGGCCAGCUCCCCUAGGAGGUUACUUCAGCCCACAGCCAACGAGUGGCCAAGAGAAGCCGGGACCCUUUGUCACAAGUCGAGAGAACUCUGUGGUGCUGUUCACGCUCCAGAGCUCCCUCUUGGAUCAGGCUGAGCUUUUGGGACCCAGAGGAGCCCAACAACAUCAACGAUGAGGACUGUGCCAGUAUGAACAAAGGUGGCACCUGGAACGACCUCUCUUGUGACAAAACGACCUACUGGAUUUGUGAGCGGAAAUGUUCCUGUUGAACCCCACGGCUGAGGGUGGGGGGGGGGGGGUCCCGACUCGAGUGCCCCUCGGCUCUUGGGGAUGAGAACCUCCCGCCCUUCCACGGAAGACUCUGCCAGUCUGUGAACCACCACGGAUGGACCUACGACGGAACCAGCAGCUUGGAUGGAGCCAGUCCCCCUGGGUGCAAGUGACAGCAAUUCUCUGGCGACCAGAGGGCUUGUGCAAUCGGAUGAUGUCCUAGUCUAUUCAGGCCGCUGUUCCAGAGUACUGGAAACUGGAUGGCUUACAGGCAAUAGAGAUUUACUUGUUGAAUUUCUGGAAGCCGGGAAGUCCAAGGUGAAAGUGCAGUGCUUGGUGAGGGCCCACUUUCUGAUUCGCAGAGGGCCGUCUUGCUGUGUUCUCUUAUGCUGCAAGGGGGGAGAACUCUCUGGGGUUCCUGUUAUAAGGAACAAAGAGUUCCACCCUUAUGACCUGAUCGCCUCCCAAAGGCCCUAUCGCCUUGAACCAUCACAUUGAGGGUUAGGGUUUAAGAUACGAAUUGGGCGGGGGACACACAAUUCAGUCUGUAGCAGGUGGCGAACUGGGAGGAGACCAGGUCUUAGACAUUGUCUCCCAGCUCUGGGGGCUGGAGGAAACUCACCAAGUCCUCGCUCCCGGCUCCGCGGAAGCAAUCCUGGCCGCGGGGGGCUCCUGGUCUCAUAAUGACUGAGCUGGAGCGGAAAACUCCCUGGCUCUUCUGAACCCUGGGGUGCUGGCCCAGGGCUCCCUUACUGCCUACCUGAUGUGGAACAGCUUCUGGGAAAGCAGGUGGGGAAAAAUUGUCCUUGACAAAGCAACUUUCUCAACGUCCCAGGUGAGGUUUGCCUGACCUAGGGGGCAGAAUCAGGCCUCUGGCAAGACUUGGCCUGUGAAGCUUCCAGAAAGGCAGACCACCUGAGAGGCAAGCCCGCCCCCUCCCCCAAUGUGUGGUCAGAUUCCCAGGACAGUGGCGGUGGCUACCUAUGCCUGCCUGCUUGUGCCUUUAGGCUGUUGGUGGUUUAUAAAGAUCUUCGAUGAAUGAUUCACUUUUACUUGCUGUGGACCUUCCUGGACUAUUAGCUCUUGCCGUGUGAGAGCUUCUCAAAAUGUCAGUUCGAUGUGUGGCCCUUGCCCAAGGUGACGGUCUGCUGUGGGGGAGGGCGUGUUCCACAAUAAAGCACCGUAGACUGGCUUAAAUGCGA